AUGCCAGAAAUUGAUGUUGAUUUGAAGGAUAUCGUUAGUUAUGCAGUUUUGGCAGUGGAAAUGGGAGGACAUGCAGUGCAACAAAUACAUGAUGAAAAAUGUGAGUGAAUCCAUAUAGUAUUCAUGAGAAAAGAAAAUGUUUUAGCUUUGAAAAUUGCGGCGAAAGGACUGACAGAUGAGGGAAAAGAAGAGCUAUUGACAAGAGCAGAUUUGAUUUCUAAUCAUCUUAUAAUGGAUAUUCUACAAAGAUUUCCCCGUUUGAAUAUUGUGUCAGAGGAAAAACAAAGUGAAAUGUCAGAAAAAGAGAUUGAACCAUAUCGAAAAGAUAAUUAUGCGAUUUGGCAAAGUGUAAAGGAAUAUUUGGACAGAAUUCCAAAUCGUCGAAUACAAUUAUCUGAUAUUCGAAUAUUUGUUGAUCCUCUAGAUGCAACUCAAGAAUUCACCGAAGAUUUGACCGAAUAUGUCACUGUUAUGACGUGUAUUGUAGAAGGAGAUGAGCCGAUUUUUGGAGCAAUUUAUAGACCAUUUUAUAAUGAGACAAGUUAGUUUUGUUUUUUUUUUGAAAAGAUUUUUUUCUUAUGUAUAAAAAAUAAUCUUAAGUCUUCGGCUUGGCUGGAUUCGGCGUUAUAACUUCUAAUGGAAAUCGAAUUGAACCUGUGGAUUAUGACAAAACAUCGAAAAAAGUUGUCGUAUCAAGAUCGCAUGCUGGAAAAGUUCAGGAUGUUGUCAAGCAAGUUUUGGGGGAAAAUGUUGAGAUUGAAGCAGCUGGUGGAAGUGGAUAUAAGACAUUGAGAUUGGUUAAUGGAACUGCGGGUUAGUGAGGGGAGAAGAGGAAUAAUCGAAUAUGAAAUUUGUGAAGAUUUUAUCUGGAAACAUACGUCGCAUGCGUGGGGUAAUCGAUCCGUAGAAGGUUGUCACUUGCGAAAAAAAAAUUAAGAAUUUUUCUACGCUUUGUCUUCAGAAAGAAUAAAAUUUUCGUGAAUUUUGAUCCAAAAUUCGAUAAUUUCUGAAUUUUCAUCCAAAUUUUAAGCAUUUUCCAACUUCAAUAGGAAAUUUUGAUUUUGAUUUUUUUUUGUUGAUUAGAAUGGUAAUGAAAUUGAAUUGAUAUUUAAUAAUAAAUUAUAUCAAUAUUUAGAAACGUAUUUUUUUUUUGGUUUUUUGAAAAUUUAUAAUUUUUGAGUCAAGCUUUUACUCGGAAUCGCUGAAAAACUAGAAUAAAUUGAUAGACUUAAAAUCUCUCGAUAAGUCUCGAAAAUUCGACUGAUAAAUCUUAAUUUUUGAAGGUUUACAGUAUUACUCAAAAGACGUCGAAUACUUUCAUAAUCAAAUAUUCGUUUUGAAUGAAAAUUGAAACAGUGAAAAAUUUCUGGUUAAUGUUUUAGGUCUUAACAAUUUGAAACAUAUAUGUUUUCUAGUAGUUUUCAACCUCACGAUUUCGCUAUCUAAAAUUGCAAAUCUCAAUUCCUAGUAUGAGUUAUGACGUGGCAAAGUUGAGCUUUCAAAAUGAUUUAUAUAAACAUCUGAUAGUUGUUCAGGAACCUCCUGGAGAACGCUAGAUUUUCAUGAAAAUCAUGUUGAAAGCUUCAUAAUUCUUAUCUCCGAAUUUUCGAACUUUGCCACGUCAUAACUUAUACUAGGAGUUGAGUUUGGCAGUUUUUGACAACGGAAUAGUGAUAAGCGGGCUGAAAACUACUAGAAAACAUAUUUUCUUCUAAAAAUCCCAUUCAGAACUCUACCUACACACAACCGCCAUCAAAAAAUGGGAUACUUGUGCCGGCGAUGCGAUUCUUCGUGUAAUGGGCGGCGCAAUGCUCGAUCUCGAUGGAAAUCCCCUCAAAUACUCUGAAUCUGAACCGAUUUUGAAUAAACGCGGACUUUUGGCGACUGUUCGAAAUCCGUAUACGUAUUUUAAGAAAUUCUCGAAAGUCAAGCUCAUCUGA